GAGUCAAGAAACGGGGUGCAGAGGGCUUCGGUCUAAUUUUGGAAGCUGAGCCACUGCCCACGACCCGGGCCUCUGCCUCCAUCAGGGCCUGGAGAGACGAGGACGCAGGUGAGGAGGAGGAGCCAGGAUGCGCGUGGUGGUUAUUGGGCAGAGCCUGUUCGGCCUGGACGUGUACCGGGGCCUGCGCGAGGAUGGCCACGAGGUUGUGGGCGUGUUCACCAUCCCCGACACGGACGGGAGGCCAGACCCCCUUGGUGCGGCGGCCGAGGCGGACGCGGUGCCCGUCUUCAAACCGCCACGCUGGCGUCUCAAGGGGCAGCCCGUGGCGGCCCUGCUGGACACCUACCGCGGCCUGGGCGCCGAGCUCAACGUGCUGCCCUUCUGCUCGCAGUUCAUCCCCAUGGAGGUGAUCGACCACCCACGGCACGGCUCCAUCAUCUACCACCCGUCGCUGCUGCCAAGGCACCGCGGGGCCUCCGCCAUCAACUGGACACUGAUCCACGGGGACGCGAGGGGCGGCUUCUCGGUGUUCUGGGCAGACGCGGGGCUGGACACGGGCCCCCUGCUGCUGCAGAGGGAGUGUGCGGUGCUGCCCGACGACACCGUCAGCUCCUUCUACAAGCGCUUCCUCUACCCGCAGGGGGUCACCGCCAUGGUGGAGGCGGUGCGAAUGAUCGCUGACGGCACGGCCCCCCGCAUUAUCCAGCUGGAGGAGGGGGCCACUUAUGAGGGCAUCCAGAAGAAGGACAACGCGCAGGUAAACUGGGAUCAGCCGGCGCUCGCGAUUCACAACUGGAUCAGAGGCAACGAUAAAGUUCCCGGGGCGUGGACGUUGAUCGAGGGGGAGUGCGUCUCCCUGUUCGGCUCCUCGCUCUUCGAGGGCCCCGCCCCCACAGGGCAGCCCCUACCCAUCGAGGGGGCAGCGCAACCCGGGGUCGUGACCCCACAGGGGCUGGUGCUGUUCGGAAACGAUGGCAAAAUGCUGAGGGUGCAGGUGUUGCAGCUGGAGAGCGGGAAGACGAUCCCUGCCUCGGCCUACUUCUCCCAGGGGGAUACCCAGAGCCUGGAGCUCUCCGACAGCGAGAGGGAAGUUGCCGAUCGAGUGCGGGCCGUGUGGAAGGGCAUCCUGAGCAACGUGGACGAGGUGGUGGAUGCCACGGACUUCUUCAAAAGUGGAGCCGGCUCCAUGGACGUUGUCCGGUUGGUGGAGGAGGUGAGGAUGCUGUGCAGCGAGGUGGUGCUGCAGAACGAGGAGGUGUACAUGGCGAGCUCCUUCGCUGAGUUCAUCCAGAUGGUCGUGCGCAAGAUGCGCGGGGAGGGCGGCACGGGGGACAUCGUCGUGGACCACGUGGUGAUGGAGGUGAACGCGAUGACCGUGCGAAUCCCGCACCAGGGAUUCAUCGGGGGGGAGUUCGUGGACGCGGCGGAGGGGGCGACCUACGAGACAGUGAACCCGGCCACGGGAACGGCCCUCUGCUCCGUGUCUCUGUGCACGGCCCCUGAUGUGGACCGCGCUGUCGCGGCCGCCAAGGACGCGUUCGAGCGCGGGGAGUGGAGCCGCAUGAACGCACGCGACCGCGGGAACCUCAUGUACAGGCUGGCGGAUCUGAUGGAGCAGCACCAGGAGGAGCUGGCCACGAUCGAGUCGCUGGACUCGGGCGCCGUGUUCACGCUCGCGCUCAAGACGCACGUGGGGAUGUCCAUCCAGACGUUCCGCUACUUCGCAGGGUGGUGCGACAAGAUCCAGGGCUCCACCAUCCCCAUCAACCACGCACGACCCAACCGCAACUUGACCUUCACGAAGCGCGAGCCACUCGGGGUGUGUGCUAUCAUCAUCCCCUGGAACUACCCACUCAUGAUGCUGUCGUGGAAACUUGCCGCGUGCCUCGCCGCCGGCAACACGGCCGUGGUGAAACCGGCGCAGGUGACUCCGCUCAGCGCGCUCAAGUUUGCGGAGCUCGUAGCAAAGGCCGGAUUCCCCAAGGGAGUCAUCAACAUCCUCCCCGGCCCAGGCUCAGUGGUGGGCCAGCGACUGUCGGAGCACCCGGAUGUGCGGAAGCUCGGGUUCACGGGCUCCACCGACGUCGGCAAGCAGAUCAUGAAGAGCUGUGCCACGGUCAAUCUGAAGAAAGUGUCUCUGGAACUGGGUGGCAAGUCCCCACUCAUCAUUUUUAACGACUGUGACCUGGACAAGGCGGUCCGCAUGGGCAUGAGUGCCGUGUUCUUUAACAAGGGGGAGAACUGCAUCGCCGCGGGGCGGCUGUUUCUGGAGGACGGGAUCCACGACACGUUCGUCACCAGAGUGGUGGAGGAAGUGCGCAAGAUGAAGGUGGGCGAUCCCCUGGACCGCAGCACGGACCACGGCCCCCAGAACCACGCCUCGCAUCUCAGGAAGCUGCUCGAGUUCUGCGAGCGUGGCCGAAAAGAGGGUGCCAAGCUCAUGUGUGGGGGAGGGCAGGUGAAGCGGCCAGGGUUCUUCAUGGAGCCCACGGUGUUCAUCGACGUGCAGGACCACAUGUUCAUCGCCCAGGAGGAGUCGUUCGGCCCCAUCAUGAUCAUUUCCAGAUUCCCCAGCGGGGAUGACGACGCUGUGCUGCGGCGUGCCAACGCCACGGAAUUCGGGCUGGCGUCGGGCGUGUUCACGCGCGACGUGGGGCGCGCGCUGCGCGUGAGCGAGGCGCUCAACGCCGGCACCGUCUUCAUCAACACCUACAACAAGACGGACGUGGCGGCGCCCUUUGGGGGCUUCAAGCAGUCGGGCUUCGGCAAGGACCUGGGUGAGGAAGCUCUCAAUGAGUAUCUGCGCACCAAGUGUGUGACUGUGGAGUACUGAGCAGCAACACCUCGUCCCUCACACGCACCUCGUCACACGCACCUCGUCACACGCACCUCGUCACACGCACGUCGUUACGCGCACCUCGUCACGCGCACCUCGUCACACACACCUCGUCACGCGCACAGUGCGCGACGGGGUCUGUGAUUGUCACUCACCACGCCCCUCUCAUAAACCUGAACACUCACCCCAUGGCCCAUAUAUUAUUAUUACUAUACGCAGGGUGCUUCAAAACAAUGUUUUUAACACUUCUGAGAAAAGACCACGUGACAUGUGCGGCUGCUUCCGGGCUCUGGAGACCACCUGGAGAAGAUUCCAGACCA